AUGGCGGCGCCGGGUGGCGAUCAGCUAAUCACUUUUCGAUAUCAGCUUUCCUGCGAGGCGGAUUUGCGCGUGCAGCGCCAGGGCAUCGACACGACGUUCAUCACGGCGCACGGGCUUCUCGGAUAUGAAUGGCACCUCACCUGGGGCCGUGAUCGUUUCGCCUUCCCGCCACGCCACAACCGCCGAUGGCUGCUGGACCUGCGCAGCCGUCGUUCUUGGUCUCGCCGCCUGCCCCGCCCCCGGCAGAUCAUCUACAUCUUAAGGGCCGUGGGUGCUCACGGGGACGAACUGAUGGCACCGGCCCGGUCAAGCGCGGCGAUCGGUCCCAGCAACACCAUGGACGACCUGAUAUUGAGUCUCGACGAGGAAACGUCGCGCGUGCCCCAGAGGCUGCAGAAGCUUCGAGAGCUGAUACCUAGCCGCACCCCGUUCUCCAUCGAGCUGACCCUGUUGGUGACGUUGCCGGCUUCAGAUUUCACGGCCCCUCCUGAGCCCAAAUCCAUCCGUCCGCCCCCGAAUGGCGACUUCCGCUUCCGAUCACUGCUGGACACAUCCCUGCACGACUUCACGAUCCGCUGCCUGGACGGGGUGGUGACGGCGACGCGCGAAUCGCUCUACCAGGCCUCCAUUCAUUUUCGAGAUUUCUUCGAGACACAGCGCGACGUGGUGGUGACGGCCGAAAAUGCGAACUGUCUGCCCGUCAAGCAGUCCCUUCAAUUCCUCCUCACCGGCACAUUCGAGCACGACGGCGAGAUGUCGCCCGCCCACGCCCGCCAGCUCUUUGACGUCUCCAGAAAG